AGAGAUCCUCCUCAUCCACACAUACUGUACUCAUCUUCAUGCUUGUUGACCAAGCUGACUGCACUUGCAUUAUGAGAGAAUUUGGCCCCAAUUGGAAUGCUUAAGCCGACAUUCGCCUCCACACUGGACUCAAAUAUGCCUGACAUCACCUCAUUGAAUUUACUGGAUCAAGAUUCAGCUCUAAAAAAUAAACCACACGCUCCAUCCUCUCCUAAGGGCAACAUGAAAAAAGUUUGUCCUCAGUCCCUUAAAAAGCUCUCUACGGUGCCCUUAGUUAAGAACACGGUCAGAAUGGAGAGAGAGAAAACCCCACCGGGAUUCCCUGACUCAGUGUACACUCAAGCUGCAGCAAUUUUCCAAAAGACUCAUGUGGAGAAAGACCAUGUGCACAGAAUCAUUCGCUAUGGGCCCAGUGGUGUAGACGAUGCCUCUGGAAUUAUUGGUGAUGUCAACAUCAAGCGAAAUGAACACUGGGCGUAUGAUCUAGCAUUUAACACUCUUAAAUACCUAGAUCUUUUGGAAGACAUCCUGAUUGACAGCUUAUUUUACCGUUCACAACAAAUGCCAGAUGACCUUAUGGCUCUUGUGGUGGUUCUGCUCUAUGACCUCAUGGAAAGGAAGUUCCAGCCCAGAGAACCAUUGAUAAGAGGGGAGGGCCUUAUAAAGGAAGUGAGGCAGGUGGAGGACAGGCUGCGUAGGUACAAGACGAAACUGGAAGCCUCUCUGGCUCACUGUAGAAUAAAGCAGAAUUUGCUAACCAUUGAUAACUUCCUACCGCUGGUUGUGAGAGAAAAACAACAAAGAAGGCGAACAAUACCUCUCUAUGCCUGGGUCAACACCCUCAAAGCCAGCAUUGAAAACGUGUGUGAGAUUCUGAAGACAACGGGCUUCACUCAGGUGGCCUCAGAGAGACAGCUCGCAGGAAGUGUGUUCUGUAAAGACACGCACUGUUCUAAUGUACUGUUGUUUCCAAGAAGUGUUCAGAAACAACUGGAGAAAAUAAAACUUGUGACAGAACACACACUCAUAAUACAGGAUAAAUCCCGAAGUCUCGUAGCAUGUGCGGUUCGCCCGCUGUUGACAGAGAAAUGUGACGUUCUGAUGGUGGGUUCCUUCUCCGCUCAUACAGUGGCUCAUGUGGCUGUCCAAGCCGCUGCCUGUUCUGCAUGUCUACAUGUAUGUGGAGUCAUUGAUCCCAUAAUACAAGAAGAAUUGCAAACUACCUUCUCUUCCAUUGGCUGCACAAAUAUAAAACUUCUGUCUGAUGACUUUAAUGAGCUGAAUGAAUGGGAUUCACGCAUACAGAAGGUUCGGGUGAUUGUUGUGCUUCCCCAGUGUUCUGCAUCAGCACUCUGCAACCCUGUUGAGUUCCUCCUUAAUGAGAGUGGAGACAGGGGGCUGAUACAUGGUUUAUCGAAAGGUACAAUCUCUGACAGUAAACUGGAGGCAUUGGUUGCCAAACAAACACAAUACCUCAGCCAUGCACUCACCUUUUCUAAGGUUAAAGCCGUGGUAUACUGCACAUGCUCAGUACAUCCGGAGGAGAACGAACAACUGGUGAAGGGAGCACUCGAGAAGGCAGAUGGCAAACCAAAAGCUCUGCCCCUCAGUGCAGGAUGGGGCGACGAGGGAGAGACAUUUUUCAAAAUAGAAGCAUCUGACUUGACAAAUGGCUGCUUUCUCUGUGUGAUGAAACGGGAGCAAGACCCAGCGGAAGUAGAAACAGUGCAGGAUGUUUUGGCACGAGCUGCUGCUAAAGGUUUACUUGGGGGGUUUAUGUCACUAGACCCUCUGAGCGGAGAGAAACCGAAAAAGAGAAAGAAACAAAAAGGACCCCCACUAGCUUCCACCCAGAAUGAGCCAAGCACAUCCGUGGAGACCAAUUUAAAUCCAGAUUACACUCAACUCGUCACUACAGUCAGUCAGACAGCAACCAUUCAAAGUACCACAAACCUAGAUCAGAUUUCUCUGGUUAUGGAUGGCACUUCUAAUAAACAUUUCAAUGUUCCACGUCAGGCAUCCGAUGAUCCAACUCCAUCUUCCAUCGUUCAAAAGAAACAAACAAAACGACACAGGCCAUGCACGAAAGCUCCCAAGCAGUCCAGAAGAAAAAAUACCUCCAAGCCGCUCACACGUAAAGAACAUCAAAGCAGGACUCAACCUACCAGCAAGAAACUGCUCGAACUACGGACAUCUCAACAAACUUCAACCAAUGGAUCUGCUCUCAGAAAUCCACCAACACUACACGCAUCCAAACAUUUACACAGCAGGACCGCAUCUCAACAGGACUCGCUUUCCUCACAGGAAGUGCUGAACUCAAAACACGUUAUCAAAUCAAAGCUCAACAGGUUGGAGAGAGAGUUCUCUCUCCCUCCGGUCUUUCAGCAAAGUCCUGCACAUCUUUCUUCAUCCCUCCAUCGUUUGUUAUCCUCUACCUCUUCUAACUUCUCCAGCUCCAUUUCCUCCUCCAGCAGCAUUGAGAAGGACUCGAUGGUUUCACAUUCACAAAUAUGGCGCUGAGCUUUAACCUGUUCAUUACACUCAUCCACUGUUAGAUACAAAGGAACAUUUUUAUUAUUAAUGAUUUCAUACAAAGAUUUUCAUUCGAUGUGUCAACAACGCUAUAAAACAAGUGGGUUAUGGUUGACUAUUUAGCUUUUGGCAGGUUAGCCCAUGCUGAGAAAUCACAUUACUACUCUAUUAAAGGAAUAGUUCACCCAAAAUAAAAAUGUUGUUAUCAUUUAAUCACCCAGCAUGGAUUUCUUUCUUCUGGGGAACACAAAAGACGAUAUUUUGAGAAAUAUCUCAGCGAAUUUGUGUCCAUACAAUGGAAGUCAAUGAGAGACAAUGAUGUUCGGUUCCCAACAGUCUUUAAAAUAUAUUUUGUGUUCAGUUACAGUAGAAAGUCAUACAGGUCUGAAAUGACACAGGUGUGAGGAAAUACAAUUUUGGGAUUUUUGGUUGAAACAUUCCUUCAAAUAGGCUAAAAGAACGUUUCCCCAUUUAUAGCCAUUCAAAAGCAUCUAUAUCCUACAUUAAAAAAAAACUAAAAUGUACAGAAUUUUUGAAAUACUGUAAUUUUUUUUUUACAAAAAUAAACUGCAAAUGUACAAGUUUAAUGUAAAAUCACAUGGUUUUUUUUACAUAAACAUUACAUAAAGUUUUCUGGCGCAGCGCAAAUACAUUUUUACAGGAAGAAAAUUUCAAACUUUUUCAGCUACUGCUAACAUGAGUAUGUUAUCAAAAAACACUUUCUGCAAAUGAUUACAUCAUAUAGGUUAAAUGGGUAAAAUAAAUGUUUGUAAUUUGUAAUCUGCCAUUUAGAUUUUUUUUCUUAAACUUCAGGUGACUUCAAAUUAUUUUAUAUAAGACAAAACUAAAAAACAAGUUUUUGUUUAGUGUAGUUAUUUUUUAUGAUUUUUAUGUUUACAUAAAAAUAUUUAUCUUUCAUUGGAAUUGUAAGUG